AUGGCAGCAGUCUACAAAACAGUUUCCAAAAAGAAGGCGCGUCAGCAGGUGGAGGACAUGGAUGAGGACUCCGAUGUAUCCAUGACUGAGCUUCUCGAGGACGCCGACGACACCACCGACAGUGAGGAAGAGGAGGAGGAUGGAGUGGAGGACCGAAUUGCUGAGGCGAGAAAGCAACUUGCAGCCGGACUCAUGCCUAAAACCCGAGUUCUCAUUCUGACCUCGCGCGGUGUCUCACAUCGUCACCGACACUUGAUGGCCGACCUUUGCGCACUGCUUCCCCACACCCACAAGGAGACCAAGCUUGACACAAAGAAGAAGACCGCUGGCUACAACCUGUUGCUCAACUCCCUCGCCGAUCUGCACUCAUGCAACAUGAUCUUCUUCCUCGAGGCCCGCAAAAACGGCCAAGACCUUUACCUCUGGCUGUCCCGACCACCCAACGGACCCACGAUUAAAUUCCACCUGAACAACUUGCACACGAUGGGUGAACUCGGUGCUGGUUUUGCCGGCAAUUGCCUCAAGGGCGGGCGUGGUGUUGUUGUCUUCGAUCGCUCAUUCGAUGAGCAAGGCCCGGACAUGAGCGCUCCCGGCACUGAAUACCGUGGUCUGAUCCGGGAGAUGCUGCGCGGUAUCUUCUGUGUUCCCAAGCGUGGAGUCAAGGGCAUGAAGCCCUUUGUGGAUCGCAUCAUCGGUGUGUUCGGAGUAGAUGGCAAGAUCUGGAUCCGCGUGUACGAGAUUCGAGAGUCCGAGGCUGGAAAGAAGAAGGACGGCGAGGAGACUGCCAAGCCUACCCCCAGAGGAGCCGAUGGUCAGCCCGAAAUCUCCCUGGUCGAGAUCGGUCCCCGCUUUGUCUUGACCCCGAUUGUCAUCCUGGAAGGCAGCUUCGGUGGCCCGGUUAUCUACGAGAACAAGCAAUACGUCAGUCCCAACCAAGUCCGCCGUGAGGCCCGCCUGGGCAAGGCCGGCCGUUACGCCCAGCGUCGUGAAGUGCAGACCGACCGCGUGUUCAAGCGCGCCGACUUGGGUCUUUCCGACAACUCAUCGCGGAAGCCAGAUGCGCUGGAGACGAGGAAGUUGUUCGCGUGA